ACGUGUUUCCUAUAGAAAGUGGAGCUCUACUCUGCAUCUAGCCUCUUUUGAGAAAAUGUCUCGCUGCGUAUGUCACGUGGGCAGCCUUGGCUGCCAAUCGCACACAGCGAUGAAGUCACGUGUGAAAAGACGGCGGAAGCGUGCUGUGCUGUUGGUUAUUGUGAAUAAGCGCUGCUGUGGAUGACAGGGUUAGUUCCGGUAAAGCUUGUGGCUGGAUGUAGUGAAGAUCUUUCGCUGCGCUCAAUAAUGGACAAGAAUAGAAAUAAGGUAACAGAGAAAAUAUUGAACCUCACCCUGGAGAUUAUCUUCCUGCUGACUGGAGAGGAUUACACUGUAGUGAAGAAGUCCUUUUGUGAGUGUGUGAAGCAGAGUGUCCGUACACGUGCGUCAGGGGAAUGGAGGGGGUUACAGACCUCUAUAUUGGAGCCUCCACCUCAGUCAUUGAUACAUGAGAGGAACAAGGAUCACAACAUCCUAGAUCUCACCAACCAGAUCAUUGAGCUGCUGACUGGAGAGGUCCCUUUAAGAUGCCAGGAUGUCGCCCUUUAUCUCUCUGUAGAGGAGUGGGAGUAUUUAGAAGAACACAAGGAUCAGUAUAAAGAUGUCAUCAUGGAGAGUAAUCGGCAGCCCAUCGUAUCACCAGUUACAAAUGGAUCCAGUAAGGAAAAUCCACCUAAGAGAUGUCCUAGUCCUUAUAAACUGGAUGUAGGUGUUUCGCCAGAACAACAGGGGGCAGGUUUUCUCUAUAUUAAAGAUGAAGAUGUUGAAGAGGACAUAAAUAUGAUGCGUGAUCGGGACUUUUUGCACAAUUCUACUGAUAUCAGUCCAGAUAAAUCCAGUAAGAGGAAUCUACCAGAGAGAUGUCCCAAGGAUUGUCUAAAUAAAGAUACUCAGGGUGAAAAUCUGAUUGAUAUUAAAGUGGAGGUUGUAGAGGAUGAUGAGGAGUUACAUAUGCGGAGUGGUCAAUCUUGUAAGGAGGAGGAAGGUUCUGUAUAUAUUGACAUAGAUGGCCAGGCCAAGAACUUAGAAGACCACCUCCUUUUUUCUUCAUACUUAGAAGGUGGAACUCAAGAAUCACUCGGAGGUAGUCAGUUUCCAUGUCUGUACUGUGGGAAAUGGUUUUCACAAACAUUAGAUUUGUUUAAACAUCAAGAAAUUCAUAGAGGUCCAUUGCCAUUUUCAUGUUUGGAUUGUGGGAAAUGUUUUGCUCAAAAAUCAGAUCUGUUUGACCAUAAGAAAAUUCAUACAGGGGAGAAGCCUUUUCCAUGUGUGGAUUGUGGACGAAGGUUUAACAGAAAAUCAAUUCUUGAAGAACAUCAGAGAACUCACACUGGAGAGAAACUGUUUUCUAGUUCAGACUGUUGGAAACAAUUUACCCAAAAAUCAGAUCUUGCUAGGCAUCAAAGAACUCACACAGGGGAAAAACCGUUUUCAUGUUUACUUUGUGGGAAAUUUUUUAGUCAAAAGUCAGGCCUUGUUGGACAUAUGAAAAUACACACAGGAGAGAAACCAUUUUCAUGUUCUGAGUGUGGUAAAUGUUUCACUCAAAAGUCUUGUCUUGUUGAACACUGGAAAAUACACACAGGAGAGAGGCCAUUCUCAUGUUCGGAAUGUGGAAAAUGUUUUAUCCAUAAAUCGGAUCUUGUUAGACAUCGGAGAACCCACACAGGGGAGAAGCCAUACUCUUGUGCUGAAUGUGGUAAAAGCUUUACCCAGAAACAAGAUCUUGUGAAACAUCAGAGAAUUCACACAGGGGAGAAGCCAUACUCUUGUGCUGAAUGUGGUAAAUGUUUUACUCUAAAAUCAGGUCUAACAGAACAUCAGAGAACACACACAGGGGAAAAGCUGUUUUCUUGUGAAGUGUGUGGGAAAUGUUUUACUUUGAAAUCUGGACUAGUUGCCCAUCAGAAAAUUCAUACAGGCGAGAAGCCAUUUUCAUGUUUGGAUUGUGGUAAAUGUUUUACCAAGAAGGCAAGUCUUAUUGACCAUCAGCAAACUCACACAGGGAAGCCAUUUCCAUGUUUACAGUGUGGAAAAAGUUUUAAUAGAAAAGCGUCUCUUCUUAACCAUCAGAUAAUUCACACAGGGAUGAAGCCGUAUUCCUGUCUUGAAUGUGGUAAAGGCUUUAAUCAGAAGUGGGGCCUUGUAGAACAUCAGAAAAUUCACAGAGGAGAGAAGCCAUUUUCAUGUUCUGAAUGUGGAAAAUGUUUUACCCAAAAGUCUGGUCUUGUUGAUCAUCAAAAAACUCACACAGGGGAGAGGCCAUAUUCAUGUUUAGACUGUGGUAAAUGUUUUACCCGAAAAUCUGUUCUUGCCGAACAUCAGAGAAUUCACACUGGAGAAAAGCCAUUUUCUUGUUUAGAAUGUGGAAAAUGUUUUUCUAAGAAAUCAGUUUUUGUUGACCAUCAAAAAAUUCACACAAGAGAGAAGCCGUAUUCAUGUCUGUAUUGUGGAAUAGGUUUUAGCAGGAAAUUGGAUCUUUUUGAACAUCAGAAAAUUCACACUGAGGAGAAGGCAAUGUUUUAUCAUAGUUUUGAAAAUGUUUUAUGCAAAGAUGAAAUCACUUAACACAUAAGAUCUGAUUCCUUAUUUUUCUUUUUUUGUUGUAUUUCUUUUAUUUUACACCAGAGUCAGACUUGUGAGAGGUAAAAUGGCCAGACUUCUGGGUGGAAACUAUUACAGAGAAGCCACACUGUCACAUAGUCCCCCUGGCUUGUCUGGCACCAUUAACUCAUCCCCAAUGUACAGUCCUACUCUGCCCACUUCUCCAUGCUCAUCCUUCCUCCUACACACUCUAUUAAAACUACACUUCCCAGCAGUCUUUACUGCCGAGACCAUUAGAAAGUGGGCGUUGCUUGCCAGCAGGAGGUGUGGCUUGAUGAGCUAUGAUAGCAGGUGGCUUGGUUGGAUGGUGUUAAAAAGGAUAUGUGACUUGUCCGUAUGAUGACCAAAAGAGGCGUAGCUUACUAGGUAAUUCUGAAAACCAGGACAAAAUGUCACGUGAUCUUUGUCUCUGUUGGGAGGAGGGGGGGGGGGGGGGGGAUGGGACAGGUGACAAAGCUAACAGAGGAUGCCAGGUUUUACUUCACUUCCUGCCUCUCACAGCAUAUUCCAACAGGGAGAACGGCCCAGUACAGGUAAUAAGUGUAUAUUACAAUCCAGGUCUGGCCAUGAGGGGACUAAAUAUGAAUAACUUUUGCUAUUCAGAGAACCCCUUUUAAGGGAUCAAAAUAGAAAAAGGAGCUUACAAUCUUACAAUACACAAAACAAAGUUAUAGCAAAGAAACAAAUUUGGUUUUGCUGCAGCUCUGGCUCACCUGGCCUUAAACCAUAUUUUCUAAAAUCGAAAUAAAUCGGCAGUAAUAGGCAGCUUGUCCUUUUUUCUUCCUUUUAGUUCUGUGAUCUUCGGAAAUUUCUAGUUUCAUUUCCCCCACCAUCUAUAAUAUUGUCAAGCUAAUGUAGAUUAUGGGAUUGAUUGUAAGUCCACCUUCAGCUAUGGCAGAUAUUUACAUUGUCUUAAAGGGUUACUCUGGUGGAACUGUAUUUUUAAUUUUUUGUAAAUUACUUCUAUUAAAAAAUCUUAAUCCUUCCAGUACUUCUUAGCGGCUGUAUACUACAGAGGAAAAUAUUUUCUUCAGGGAUUUCUUGUCUUUCGCCAUCACAGUGCUCUCUGCUGACACCUCUGUCCAUUUUAGGAACUGUCCAGAGCAGCAUAUGUUUGCUUUGGGGAAUUUCUCCUGGACAGUUCCUGACAUGGUCAAAGGUGUCAGCAGAGAGCACUGUUGUCAUGACAGAAAAUAAUUCCUCUGUAGUAUACAGCCGCUAAUAAGUACUAGAAGGAUUAAGAUUUUUUUUUAGUAGAGGUAAUUUACAAAUCUGUUUAACUUUCUGGCAUCAGUUGAUUAAAAAAAAAAUAAUAAUAAAUAAAAAUAAGUUUUCCACCGGACUAUUCCUUUAAUGUAAAAGAUAAGCCUUCCAAAUGGAACUAAAGAGAAUGAUGUCAUCGAUCUAAGCACAGUACAAUGUAUGGUGUUUUGUUACUGUAUUCAUAAGCCAUUGAAAUGUAGCAGGGGCAUUAUAUAAGCCAUACAUGUGAAUUGAAUUGUGGGGUGACAAAAGCUAUCUUUUCACAAAAGUCGCUUUCAGGGUACGUUCACACGUGCAUAUUUUCUGCUGCAGAUUUUGCUACCCAUUGAAGUCAAUGGACAGCAAAAUCUGCAGCAAAAAUAGGCACAUGUGAACGUACCCUCGGGGAAGGGUCACACAUAGUGUAUUUUGCUGCGUAUUUUUCUGCCCAUUGAAAUCAAUAAGUAGCAAAAUCAGCUGUGUAUAUUUCUACUCAUAGGGGAAGAUUUAUCAAAACCUGUCCAGAGGAAAAGUUGCCCAUAGCAACCAAUCAGCUUGCUUCUUUCAUUUUUAACAAGGCCUCUGCAAAAUGAAAGAAGCGAUCUGAUUUGCUGCUAUGGGCAACUUUUCCUCUGGACAGGUUUUGAUAAGUCCCUUAGACUUCAAUGGGUAGGAAAAUAUGCAGCAGCAAAAUGUCACAUGUGACCCUACCCUCAAGUGGGAUCAUCUGCCCAUAGCCCUAUUUCAAAUGCGGCAAUAUAUUGGGCUUCCCCAAGACUAGUAAUCAGAUAAUCAAUAUUGGGCAUGGGAUCUGUCAAAUAUAUUUUUUUUUUUUUUUUUUUUUUUUAAUCAAUACAAAAUCUCAUGUCCUCAUUUUUCUUGGGUACACAUUAUUUAUUUUUAUAGUGGCCUUAGUCCCAGGGCGCUGUACAAAUGAUAAAACAAAUAAGUAUAAUGAAUGUGAAAAAACAGGCAGACCUGUUUAUGAUGUGUUUGUUUUGCACUGCCAGUGUCAAUCAUAUGUUGUGUCAACAGCUGGAGGCACACUCUGGGUUGGGUCACCGGCAGAUCCGCAGCAUAAAAUACCCUGCGGAUCUGUUACAUGUACCCCUACCCUAAAAGAGUACUCCAGUCAAAUGAAAUGACCUUUGCAAAGUCAUAUAACUUUAGUGUAGCUUUAUAAUGUACAGGUGUAAUCUGAGCAUAUACCCUGUUUCUUUUAGCUUUUCCUCAAGGCAGGAAGUCCAGUAGUUAGUAUCACACAUGAUGACUGUCGUCUACAGUAGAUGACACGUCACAUGCAAUGUCACACUCUCUUCUCCUCAGCUCGGAAAGAGCACUUCAGUGUGUGAUUGUCCCUGAUUGGCUGAGGUGCACACACACCUCCCUCAUCUGUAUUCACUGAUUCUCUAACUAUGGCCUAUUGGCCUUAUGGUGGCAGGGAAUUUCCCCCUAUGGAUUUUAGGCAAACCAUAUAGUAAUUGAGUUAUUGUAUUGACCAGCAAUAGAUAUAAUUUUUUUUUUAAAUUUAUUUGACUUCCACAGCAAGUCUUUCCUGUAAAAGGGCAUGUAUUUGCUCAUUAAAUAAUUUUUUAGUUGGAUUAAAGGUGGUGGCAAUAAGUGUUUGGAUCUUGGAUAAGGCCUGUAUCCGAUAAAAAUUAGAUUGCCUGUUUUGAAAUGUUCCUCGCUGUUUACAGGCAUACUAGAUCACUCAGAGCAGAUCGAUCUCUGAAAUGCAGAGAUAUUAUUAAAAACAAUGGGAUGACAUUCAAUUAUAUUGACGGCUUCAGUCCAGAAUUGCCAUGUUAUUGUGUAGUUUGUUGUCCCUAAGAGCGUUAUAUAAAAUACAUUUGUUUGUGGGAGAAAAAAUAAUCCCAAUUUAGUUUAUUAAAUUUUUUGUUCUGUUAUUUAAGCACUAUACAUUUUGUAUAUUAAAGUUAUAGUGUGACUUAUAAUAAAGCUACUUAACAGCCAAUGUGACUACACUGAACGAUCACUGCAUUAGAAACUCCUUCUCAAUAACAUGUUGGCCUCUUUGAGGACCACUGCUUGCAGACAUUAGUGAACAGAUUCCUCACAGCGCCGAACAUCCUCCAUACUGGACUGGACCGCCUGCGGCAGCAGCUGCUUCAGUUGGUGCAUGUUGUAUGGGAAACAGGAGCAGAUCUCACAGCUUAUUCCAGCAUAGCAAUAUCUUAUAGGACAAACAUGAACUAUUCUCCUUGGUGUGACACAGGUCCCUAUAGUGUUCACCAUUCAAAGAUUGUAGUAUGAUGACCAAUAGUCAUCGGGCAUGCUAGGACAAAACACAAAAAAAAACUAAUAUCCAGCUCACCCCUGAUCCUUGACCUUCCAGACAAACCGGAAACUCCCACCACCAGCUUGUCGAACGUCAAUGCUGUGCCCAUGAAUUGGGACUUAUUACUCCAUGCGACCUGCUCUAUGUCCAAUGUCCAUAGAUAUUUCUUUGGCCAAUAAGAGGCAUUGUUUUUGACGAAGCGGGGUCUUCAGGGGCACCCUUUUUAAUUUUUAGUUAUUAAAUCCCAGUCAAUGCAAUGU